AUGGAGCAGAGUACUCGUCAAGUGACUGUCAUUGAUGAAUUGUGGGAUAAUGAAGAAUCGAAAGCUAAUCGUCGAUUGUAUGAUGAACAAGAUCGAGGAUUGCAAAGGCAAAAUAUUGAAUUGAAUGAUCGUAUUAAAAAAUUUGAAAAACAAUUAGAAAUUCUUAAAAACAAUCAACUGAAAGAUCAUGAUAAAGAAUUGAUUAAACGAAUUUUAUCUAAGCAAGCAAAUGAAUACAAUAAGUUAGUAAAGAAAAAAGAUCAAGAAAUUGAACAAUUAAAUGAACAAAUUCGACAACAUUCAAAACCAAAUCUUCUUGAAUCAGCAUUACGACAAUCGAAUAUCGAAAGAUUACAUCUUGAAAAGCGCUUUUUGUCAUCAUCAUCAUCGUUAAAUUCUACUACGACAACUAAUGGGGGUCCAACAACAACUGCAUCGGCCGGUGCAAAUGAAGAAUCGUUGAAUUCUCCAAAAUCUAGCGACUCAUCAACAUGUUACGAUGACUCAACUCACUAUCAAGCAGUGACAAAAACGAAUGAAGGGUUAAAAGCGGAGCUAGACCGCUUGACAAAAUCUAAUCAAGACAAUACGGCUAAACUUAAAUUGCAGUUUGAACAAUAUGAUAAGCUUCAACAGGCAUAUAAAGAUCUUGAAACAAAAUAUAAUCAACUAUUACCAAUAGAAGAACCUCAUAAAAAAGAAAAGUUAUUUUAUGAUUCUUGUCUACUUGAAAACAAGCAAUUAAAGGAAAAAUUGCUUAAAAUAGAAAAUGAAAGUCAUCAUAAAGAUUUAGAUGAACAAAAUAAACAAAAACAAAAAAUUGAUGCAUUAGAAAAUGAACUUCUAACAUUGAAAUCUACACAAAAUCAUCAACAGGAUGUACAAAUAAAAAUGGAUCACUUACAAAAAGAGCUGGAACUGCGCAUCAACGAAUUUGAAACAAUCUCGACGUUAAAUACAAAACUCAGUAAUGAAUUGAAAAAUUCGACGAACACCAAUGAACGAUUAACCGCAGAAUGUGAGGCAUUACGAGCAGCUUUAGUAGCGAAAGCAGAUGAAUUCGAUUCAAAAAAAAGUGAAAACGAACAAUUAAAGACUAAAAAUUCUGAUCUUGAAUCAAUAAUUAAAUCGUUACAAGAUACGAAUGAUGUAUUAAAACGAUUAAAUACUGAAAAUGAAAUCAAUAAACAAGAAUUAAAGGAAAAACAAGAUCACUAUGAACAAUUUCAAAAAAUACACGAUACAACAAAACGAGAAAAUCAAGCCACCAUUCAUCUACUUCAAGAAAAAAUUCACGAUCUCGAACGGAGAGCUGAGUUACAAUCUUUAAAGCGUGAAGGAAUUCUUCUUCAAUUAGACUCAUUAAAAGAAGCACAACAACAACAACAACAUCGUACACUACCAUCAUCGAAUGCCAGCAGUCCUUCCAUCAGUACUCAUCGAAAUCGAUUAUCCACUAUAGUUGAUUCUCAAACAUCAGAACAAGAUGAUAGUGCACCUCUGCAUCCUCGUCAACAAUCAACAAAUUUAAAUGAAAAAUUAGCUCGAGUGGUUGUAGCAAGAUAUUCAUAUGAACCAUUAAGAUUUUCUCCAAAUGAUCAUCCAGAAAUUGAACUACCUUUGAAACAAGGAGAAUAUUAUGUUAUCUAUGGCAAUAUUGAUGAAGAUGGUUUCUAUGAUGGAAGAGAUUUAGAGGGUCGAUAUGGUUUAGUACCGUCGAAUCUUAUUGAAUUAGUAAAAAAUCCCAAUGAUUUAUCUGAAUCUACUAAACAUAGUAUUCAAAAAUUAAUGGCCAGCAAACGUCCGUCGGAUGAACGCAUCCCACAGAACCGUGAAGCAAUGUUCAGCUUUGAUUCAGAUGCUUUUCUUAUGAAUUCUUCAACUUCUAUUCCAAAAACCAGAACGUCAAGUAAUAGUAAUACAUCGGAUAUUACCAACAGUGAUCUUUCCUAUGGAAAACACAUUCCGUAUCCAAUUAAUCUUCAUAUUGACAAAUUUAUGAAUAAUAGUGUUUUAAUUUCUUGGGAUCAUCCUUCUUCAUCUAAUGUGCAAAUUAUUGGUUAUCAAGUUAUUCUAGAUCAAGUACUUUAUACAACUAUUCAUGGUAAUGAACGUACAAGAGUAUUAAUUGAAAAUAUAAACUUCACUGAAAAACUUCAUCGAAUUAGUAUUCGAACAAUUACACAACUUGGUCUAUCGCGUGACCAAUACUGUACAUUAUUGUUUACAAAUUCAAAAGAUUUAUCGUAUAUGCCAAGUGAUUUGCGUGUUGAUCGAAUCAGUCAAACCACGGCUGUUGCUUCAUGGUGGCCAGCAUCAAAUGAUAUUAUUCAUGCAUUAUUUGUUAAUGAUAAAGAAGUACAAACAUUUAAAGCAGGAAUUUAUCGUUUUAAACUAACAGGUUUAUUACCGAAUACAAACAAUAAAGUAAGCAUUACAGCCAAACCAUCAAUAGCAACAAGUCCACAACAGCAUCUAACAAUUUCGAUGGAUUUUCGAACAACAUCAUUUGACGAAUCAAUUGAACCACCUAGAAACAUUCAAGUUACUACUGAUUCCCAAUCAAAUACAGUACGUGUUUCAUGGGAACCGUUAUCCUCAAUGAGUACAGCACAUGGCUAUCGAAUAUUUAUUGAUGGACAUCAAAUACUCGAUAUCGCGAAUCCAUUAAGUGAUCAUACAGGUAUAAAUCGAAAUCUAUUACAUCAUGGACGAUACCUAACUAUUCGAACAUUAACUGGCAAUGGCGGUGAAUCAAAUGAUUCAAUACCCGUCGAUCUUGAUGAUGUGUUGAAAAAGACUUCUCGUUCAUUAACACGAAUAGCUUCAACACCACCAAUGCCGAGUAGUCCAUCUUCUUUAAUAAAAUCUACAGUGAAUGGAAAGGAUGUAACAAAAUCUUUAACUCGAUCAUCCUUGGACUCUCCUUCAACUGUAUCAUCGACAAGUACAGAUAUACCGCAAAUUGAGUUAAGUCCAAAUAGUGCUAAAACAAUACCACAAAAUAAACUAUCAACUAAACAACAUGAUUAUUCCGAUUCGAGUCGAAUUCGAACACCGACCAAUGAAAAUGUUAAUAUAAAUAAAUCACCGUUGUCCACCGAACAACGUUCAAUUCCAACAACACCCAAUAAAAAUGUACGAUUAGAGCCGCCAUCGGAAAGAAAUAGUCAUUUACUUGAUAAAACUAAUACGUUGCCACGACCCUUCAUCGCUUUAUUUGAUUAUGAUCCAAAAGCCAUGUCACCAAAUCAAAAUAGCGAAGAAGAAUUACCAUUCAAACAAGGACAAAUUAUCAAGAUCUAUGGUAAUCGAGAUGCUGAUGGUUUUUACAUUGGUCAGACAGAAAAUGGUCAUAUUGGUUAUGUUCCAAGUAAUAUGGUGUCAGAAGUAGCAACAAAUGAUUCUGAAACUGAAUCAAAAUCAACUAAUGUAUCAUCAAAAAAACGAACGCCACCUGUGUCGACACCAACAAAUCCAGAAUCGAUUAAAAAAAUGCAGGCUGUAUUUGAAUAUGAUGCGAAUGAAUUUUCACCAAAUGCAGAUUCGCACGAUGAAUUAUCUUUUCAUGCUGGUGAUAUUAUAUAUGUACAUGGAAGUGUUCGUAGUGAUGGAUUUUAUUCUGGAGAAUUAGAAAAUGGAAAGAAAGGCCUUGUACCAUCGAAUUACCUUCAGGAAAUGCUCGAUGAAGAUUCCUCAGAAAAAAUGGUGGAAUCCAUUGAUAAACAACAAACACCAACAAGUGUAAAUAAUGAAACGAAAACAGAACAAGCAAUCGAACAGGCAUCACCACCGACACCGGCACCACCACCACCACCACCACCACAGCCGCCAGCAGCUACUUCUACUGAAGCUACCAAGGGUAGUUUGUUUGAUCGGUUAAAAACUACAUUUUCAUGGAACUUAAAUGAACCGAUUUGA